AUGCGAUACAGGCCCUUGCCCCUCCAAUUUGCUCCUCCCACCUGCAGGAGGCCCAGGACCACCAACUGCCAUGAGGAGAGCACUUUGGACUUCAGUGAUGCCUCCUCUCAUGAGAACUUGCCACCAGACCUCUUGGUCCCCUGGUGUCUCCCCCUGGAGGGUGAUCACUGUACUGCGACGGGCUUCCGGCCACACUCCUCUAGCGCCAAGGUGCGCUCGUACAUCCAUUACCUGAAGCGGAAGAUCAAGCCGGCACCCACCCCACCCUACAGCCACGUGUGCCAGGUGGGGGACCCGGUGCUGAGGGGGCGGGCUGCGGCAGUGGAGCCUGGGGCGGUGCUCGGAGCCGAAGUUCAGGAGGUGAUCAGGAAGUUGGUGACAGUGAUGCGACGCCUGGAGAGUGUGGGUCUGAGCGCGCCACAGAUCGGCGUGCCACUGCGCAUCCUGGCGCUGGAGUUCCCGGAGAGAAUGCUGCAGGACGUGUCACCCGCGGGGCAGCAUGCGCGGGCUCUGGCGCCGGUGCCGCUGCGCAUCUUCGUCAACCCGCAGCUGCGCGUCCUGGAUGCCAGGACGGCCGCGUUCAUGGAGGCGUGUGAGAGCAUCGCCGGAUUCUCUGCCUGCGUGCCACGCUACCUCUCCGUGGAGGUGUCAGGGCUGAAUGAGAAGGCGGAGCCUGUCACAUGGCAGGUGAGCGGCUGGCCCGCUCGGAUAUUGCAGCACGAGCUGGAUCACCUGGACGGCGUCCUGUACAUCGACCGCAUGGACAGCCGAACAUUCACCAACGUACACUGGGCGGAGCACAAUGACUGACGGGCGUGUGCUGGGGAAGAAGUGACGGCUGGCAGCCAAUCAGUGACCAGCACAGAGCACAGCAGGAUGGGCUCACAUGGAAUCUAUUCUCUCUGAUGUAAGCAGGAAGUAACGUACUCCAGUUACUGCUACUGGGGGAAAAAAAGUCUGGCGGACUUAACACUGUAUGUGGUAUUAAAUAGCUGGAACACA